CGUGUUUUGUAUGUAGUAUUGUUAUAUAAACUUGUUACUCAAAACAAGUUUAUUUGUGGAAAAUAAUUUAUUUGUUCUAAACCAUAAUUAAUUUAUUAAUUUUGUAAUACAGUGGUAAAUAGUGGAAUAUCAAAAUGAAGAAUAAACCUGUUCGGCAUAAAGAAACAAAUACUUUUAAGUUCAAAAGAUUUGCUGAUCGAAUAUCUGAAAUCGAUGUUGAUGUAUUUCAUCGAGUAGCUCAUAGAAAUGAGGAAAAUGAUGCCGAUGAAGAAUCUUUAGAAUCAAACUUUUACAAAACAUUAACAAAAUGGAACGAUUUAAAUCUCACAGAAGGGUAUACGAGUUUUAAAAACGAAGUGAAACAUGUAAUUACUCUUCCGCAAUUAAUAAACCAUAAAGAGGAAGUAAUUGCAUCAUUGACAAAGUAUCUAGAAAUGAAGAAUGUAGCAUUUCUUCAACCUAUUUUAGAGAUGGUUAUAGCAACGGCAAAAGACCUUCAGAUUGAUUUUUAUGAAUACUUUCCACACUUUCUCACUCUUAUUAUUGAUCUCUUGAACAUGAAAGAUCCUGAAAUUGUUGAGUAUGCCUUUACAACACUGGCUUAUUUAUUCAAGUUUCUCUGGAGAUACUUAGUCAAAAAUAUCGAUAAAACUUUCAAGCUUUUAUUGCCUUUAUUAGUGGAUUCUAAGCCAUCUUACAUCAAUAAUUUUGCUGCAGAAAGCUUUGCUUUUGUUGCUAGAAAAGUGCGAGAUCGAGAAGCAUUUUUGAAGCUCUUAUUUACAAUUUUAGAAGAAACUCCAAAUGGAGUUGUUGGAUGUGGAAAACUUUUAUUUGAAGUAAUUUCUGGUAUAUCUGGACAAUUUCAUUCUUGUGCUGAAUCAAUGCUUAAUCUUUAUUUAGAUGCUUUAAUUAAUGAUUGUAUUGAUCAAAAAUUAGCUUUUGAUGUUUUACAUCAAGUAUUUACAUGUAUUGCAACUCAAAUCAAUUUCAAACACAAUGCAAUUUUUUGGGAGGUAGUUGUGAAAAAAUUGGAUGAUAUUUUAUUGACUGCAGGAAGUAAUGAGAAGAAAAACGAAAUGUUAAUGGCUUUGAUAAAGUUAAUUAUUCCUGUUGUAGAAUACAAAUAUGGAAAAAUACUUCAAAAUCCAUCAGUUCUAAUUUCCAGAAUUAUUAAAGGAAUUUCAAUCUAUGAAACUCAGAGUGAAAAUAUUUUGAUUGAGAUGAUUGAUUUAUCUGCUACAAUAUUGCUUGCAGAAGGUAUCAAAUUGAGUCAAGAGACAUGUAAUGAACUAGUUUCAAAAUUAAUGUCAAUUAGCAACAGAAAAAUGCUUAUUUAUGCAAUAAAAAAAUUAAUUAAUCAUUCAUCUUUUGAAACUCUAGUUCUUCCCAUGACAUUACAAAGAAGUAUACUCAGAGAAGAGCUCACUGAUGAAGAAUUAGACCUCUUUACCGAAAUAAUUACUUCAAAAGUACCUCCAAGUCUCAAUGGAUAUGAAAAAGAUUCUUGGAGAAAAUUAAAUUUAGAUUUACGAACUUUUCCCGUAAAAAUUCGAGGAUUGUUUAAAGAUAAAUUAGAGAAUUGGAAACAUGUUAAUUAUGAAACGAAUCUUAUCAAUGAAGAUUCUUUGAAAGUUGUUGUUAUUUUACCGCACAUUAUUCCAAUAAAUGAGGACUUAAUUAAAGAAUUGAAAAAUAUUUUUGUUUCAGUAUAUGAAACUUUAAUGAAUGAAAAUUGUGAGAGUAACAUUGGCAGAAAAAGUUUUGCAUUUUUACUCAUUCUUCACACUAUGAUUCGUAUAAUGAAUGAAAAAACAUUUGAGGAAUUCUUAGAAGAACAUAGAAUCGAUUUUCUAAAAUUAAUUGAAAGGUAUUAUAACGAUCAAAAUAUUCUAAACAGUCUAGAUCUUUUUUAUACUUAUAUUUCAAAAAGUGAAUAUAACAAAAAAUAUUUAAAUAAAGAAACCUUCGAUAAGUUAAAUGAAAAUUUAGUAAAACAACUUGGAUCACCAUUUUCACGAAUACGAUCGACCGUCUGUCAUCUCUACAGUCUUUUUGCAAAUGUUAAAGAAAUAUUUGUUACAGAAAAAGAAGAAGAUAGUAAUGUAUUAAAACAUUUAUUUAUGGCAGAAAAUGUUGAAGUGACCGUUCAAACUUAUCGGAAUCGAUUAAUUCAUCUAGAAGCAUUAUCGUUUGAAACUCGAGGUGUUACAAAUCUAAAUCCAAAAUAUUAUGAGUGUUCACUUAGAUAUUUAUUAGGGAAUUUAUACAUCAAUUUUUCUCUUCUAUGGAAUCCAGUUAUCAAAGCUAUCGCUUCUUAUGCUGAUGAACAGUGUGCACAAUUUUGGCCAAUUUUAAUGGAGGAAUUAAAACAAGACAAUGAAAAGCUUCAUGCUAAUAAUGUUACUAACAUUUGUGAUAUAUUUGAAUGCAACAGUUUGCAAAAUCUAUCUAAACGAUUGGAGAUAAAUGAUAAACCUGAUUUCGACAACUAUAAAUAUCUUCUUUGGAAAUGUUUGAGUGAAUUUCCAGGAUAUUGUGAAAGUAGAAAUCGUGAUUUUACAGUUUUAUUUAUUGAAUUAAUUGAACGUAAUUAUUUUAAAGCUAAUUCUGAUACUAUUAAAGCUUAUAGUAUUGAAAAAAGGCAAGAAAUAGAUGACACGUUGCUUGAAAAAGCUGAAGAAUCAGAUGAAGAAGAGGAAGAUGAAGAGAGUAAUGAAAAAGAAGAUGAACAAAAAGAAAAAGUAAAUAAAGAAAAGCCAGAUAAAAAUUCGAAGAAUCAAAAAUUGAGAAAAACAGGAAAGCCAAUUUUUAAAAUAUUAUUGGCUCAGUUGAAAUUACUUUCAUUAAUGCAGAAUCCUAGAGUUUUAUAUAAAGAAGCAGAGCUAAAUGAGAUCUACAUGACAUUAUUAACGUUUAAAAGUCCAGAGCUGCAAAAAAGCGUCUUAGAUUGUAUAUUCGCCUACAAACGGAAGAAUUUAUUGCCCUACAAAGAUCAUUUGUAUGGUCUUAUUGAUGAAAAAAAUUUAAGAAAUGAGUUAGCACGCUUUAAAAUAGCUGAUGAUGAAGAAACGGAAGAUACGAUUCAACCAGAGCAUCGAGAAUUUUUGAUGCCAAUUUUAAUGAGAAUAAUUUAUGCCAAAUUAGUAACAAGAGGAUCUGGAAGAGCUGCUGGUGCAGCUGGAGGUCUUGCUAGAAGAAAAAUUAUUUUGCGAUUUUUGAUGGGUGUAAAAGAAGAAGAAAUGAUUCUCUUUGCUAAAAUGGCUUUUAAACCCCUUGAACGGUAUAAUAUUGAUCUUUCUUCUGAUAAUAAAAUAGAGGAUUUAACACAAUUAACAACAUUAAUAUCAGAGAAACUCAGUUUAUCGAAUGUUAUUCCUCCAGCACGAUUGAGAAGUGCAGUAAAUUUAUUAGGAAUUGUUAUUGAAGAAUUUGGAGCAAAAAUGUCCAAUAAUUUAUUACCAAAGCUUCUUGCAAUGCUCAUAUGCGUAUUUGCUGAGAUAAAAAGCAUUUUAGAAAAAUCAGAAAACGUCCUUUUAGGAUUUUUAUCAACAAUUAAAGAACUCAGAACAAGUUGUUUUGGAAUUUUAACGAGAUUUUUUGCACAUUUUGAAACAUAUCCUUGGUCUCCAUCAGAAUUGGAUGCUGUAUUCGAUGUUGCAGUGUUUCCUUGGUUAGAAAAACUUCCUUUUGAAGGUAUUUACAGUCCUACAGCUUUUCUGAAACUUCUUUCAACUUGGUGUCAUAAUUCAAGAUAUUUUUGUCUUCUUGUCAAACAUAAAAAUAACAACAAAAAUUUCUCACCUCUUCCUUUCAUCAUGAAGCUUCUUUUAAAUGAAAAAAUACAUCCAGGAGUGGCCAAUGUUAUUUUAGAAAUGAUUGAAAAGUUAUUAACACUAGCAGAUUAUGAGUCAGUGUCUGAAAAUGCUAUGGAAGUUGAUGAUGCUUUGCCAAAAAUUCCAAUAUAUCCAAGAAAUGUUAUUGAAAUUGAUCCUAAUGCUGUUUUGCCAGGAUCAACACUCAACUAUGGAUCUGCAAUUUUAUUUCCUUAUGUUUCUGAUAUUUUAAAUUACAUAAAACGUAAACUUAAAAGGUUUAAAAUGAAUGUAAAUAAAGUGGAAACUACAGUUCUUUCGAGAAUCUCGGAAUUAAAUUUAGAUUCCGAUUCAUCAAAUAUUUUAUUGUCUUUAUUGUUACCGAUUUUAGUAAAAAAAGCAUCAAGAGGAGAAUCUGAAGAUACAAUAAUAGAUUUGCUGACUACAAUUGCUAAUCUUAUGAAGACUGUAACAAAACCUGAGAUUCAUAUAAGAGCUAUUUUGCCACUGUUAUUAAACAUAUCUUCUGCGCCGCCUAGAAGAUUACUUUUGACGUUGCUUGAGGCAAUCGCAAAUAAUGUUUCAAAUUCAUCAGAAUCACUUUCUAAAGAAAUUAUGAUUAAAAAUAUUAGUGUCUUAAAAAAUUUGAACGCAGUAAAUGAAAAAUGGCUUGAACAUCCAGACUAUGAUAAAAGAAUUGAUGCUUUUAGUGAAAUUAAUGCUAUGAUAUCUGGAGAGGAUGAGAAGAGUCAUAGUUUAAAUGUAGAAUUUGGUGUUGCUGUUUUAUAUAAUUGUUUUUAUUUCCUUUAUAAUGAAAGUGAUUUGGCUAUGAAAGAUUCAUCAGGACAGUGUUUAAAUGCUUUAGGACCAAAAUUGGUUAAAAUCUGUAAAAAUAAUCCUAGUGAUCGAAAAUAUUUAAUUGAUGAUACAAUAUUAAAUUUGAUUAAAGAUGGAAUGAAAAACAGAAAUAAUGCUGUUCGAUUUCAAUCUAUUUCUUUUCUGGGUGUCAUGGCCAUGGAAUGUUCAGAUGAUCAUCCAGUUUUUCAAGAUUUACAUUUAUUGACAAAUAAGAAUGAUCCUGAUGGAGAUUUUUUUGAAAAUCUGCUACAUCUACAGUUGCACAAAAAAGUGAGAGCAUUACUAAAAUUUUGCUCAGUUUCAAAGACUUUAAAAAAACCUCCAAAUACCAAAACAUUAACGCAAUUCAUUUUUCCUGUAGCUUCAUUUUAUCUAUGCAAUGAAUCUUUUACUGGGAAAAAUAGUAUUGUUGAUUCUGCCAUAGAAACCGUGGGAACUGUCUGCAGGUUAUUACCCUGGUAUCAUUAUUCACUGAUUUUAAAGAUUUAUUUAAGUAAAUUAAGAACUCAAAGUGAAUUCAGGAAGCAAAUUGUGCGAGUGAUUGUUGCUAUCUUAGAUGCUUUUCAUUACGAUCUAUCAAAACUUAAGACUCUCAAUGAAAGUCUAAUUGGAGAGAAAGAAGAAAUACAAGAUAUUAAAAAUUUAAAUGAACCUAAAAAGAAUCAGAAAGAAGAAGUGCAAGAUUCUGAAAAAUCAACUAAUGUUGAGAUGACAUCGGAACAGGAGAAAGUAGAUUCUACAGACUUAAUUGAACAAAGUACUGAAAAAAAAGAUGAGGUUGAUCAAAAUGACGAAAAAGUUGAUCAUCAAAUAACAAUUACUGCUGAAGAAUUGUUAGAGGAAAAGUUAGCACAAGAAAAUGAAGAUGAAGAAGAAAUUGAAGAAGAAAGUGAAGAAGAAAAUGAAAAAUCAGUUGAUAAAGAACCAGAAUUGGAAGUUGAAGAAUUGAUUAUGGAGAAGCAAACAAUUCUUUCUCCGUCUGAAGCUAAAAAAUUAGUAUUUGAAAUUACUCAUACAUUUUUACCACAGCUUAAUCGUUCAAUUCUUGCACGAACUCAACAUGAAAUGAGUCAUAAAUUAAAUAGAAAACAACAUGGAAUAGAUAAAGAAGAAGAAGAAUUAAUGAGAGUACCAAUAGCUCUCGCUCUUGUUAAAUUACUCCAAAAACUUCCAGAAAAUUUAAUUGAAAGAAAUCUUCCAGGAAUAUUCAUGAAACUUUGUACAUUCUUAAAAUCAAGACUUGACUCAGUAAGACGUGCCACAAGAGAAAUUCUUCAAAAAAUAAUGAUUACUCUAGGUCCUAAUUAUUUACACUAUCUUCUAAGAGAAACGAAUUCUCUAUUGACUAAAGGAUUUCAAAUUCAUGUGUUAGCCUAUACUAUUCAAGCUGUUCUAACUUCAUUAAAACCAUUCUUGACGCCUACUCACAUGAAUGAUAAUCUUCAGAGUAUUCUUCAAGUAUGCAAAGUUGAUCUUUUUGGUCUCAGCGCAGAAGAAAAAGAAGUAACGGCAAUAACAAAAAAUGUAUCUGAAGCAAAAUCAACUAAAAGUUUUGAUAUAUUUCAUAUCCUUAGUCAAUUUAUCAACGAAUCAUGUCUUGUGGAUCUUGUUCAACCUCUCAGCGAUGUUUUAAAUGAAACGCGGAGUCAUAAAACUGUCAGAAAAGUCACGGAGUGUCUAAGACAUACUGUUUUAGGUUUAGCAGACAAUACAUUUAUACCGAGUGACAAAAUGCUUAUUUUUCUUUAUGGAAUUGUUUCGAAAAGUAUUCCUAGUUUCAAUCCAAAUAAAAAGAAAGACAAAGAAAAUGAAAAAUCUUCAAAAUCUCCAAUUGAAAAACCAGAUUGUUACAUUAUUCCUCCAGAGCCUAAAAGCAGAUCUGGUAUUAAAGCAUCUGCUAAAACUACCGGCUCCACAAAUGAUCAUAUUAUGCUGGAAUUUGGUUUGAAACUUUUACAUAUUUUAUUGAAAAGAGAAAAAGUAGCUGGUGAUGCUUUCGAGUCUUAUUUGAAUCCAUUUGUAACAAUUUUAUCUGACUGCUUAACAUCUCAACAUGUGAAAUUGAGUACACUAGCUCUACAGUGUCUUAAUUGGGUUUUAAAAAUGGAUUUAGAAGCUGUUCAUACUAAUAUUAAAGAAAUUUGUUCCUUAAUUUUCAAGAUUUUACACAAAUAUGGUGUUGCUGGUCUUAAAAAAGGUGAUAACUUCGACCUGGUUAUGGCUGCAUUCAAAACAAUGUCAGUUAUUAUUCGAGAUCUUAAAGAUUUCGAAAUGACUUAUGAUGAGGUCAAGGUUCUUGUUUUAUACGCAGAACAGGAUCUUCAUGAUUACGAAAAACAAGCUACAGCAUUCAAUCUAUUGCGAGCAAUUAUUGGAAGACGGUUGAAUGUGUUUCAAAUUCAUCGAGUUAUGAAAAAAGUUGCUGUUCUAAGUAUUACUUCGGAUUCUGAAAAUGUUCGACAACAGUGUAGAGCAGUAUUUUAUCAAUUUUUAAUGGAAUAUCCAUUAGGAGAAAAAUUGGACAAACAUUUAAGAUUUUAUUUAACACAAAUGGAUUAUGAAGUACAAAGUGGAAGACUCAGUGCUUUAGAAAUGCUUCACAGUAUCAUAAUUGGCUUUCCUUCAACUGUUCUUGUAGAUAAAUCUGAGAUACUUUUUAUAAUGAUUAGUGUUAGAUUGGUUAACGACGAUGACCCUACUUGUCGUAAACAUGCUGCUCAAUGUAUUAAACAAAUUAUAACUAGAGUUCCUCAUAACCAACGUUCCAAACUAUUCGAUAUUAUUUUAGCUUGGUUUCAAGACACCAUAAUCAUGCAUCGGCGCCUGGCUGCGCAAUUAUGUGGAAUUUUUGUUACCACUGAGAAAAAUAGUUUUGAAACUAGAUUAGAGUCUGUUCUACCAUUAAUUAUCCAACAGUUCACUAAUGAUGAUGAACAAAAAAAUGACGAUGAACCUGGAAAGUUUGUAAGACGGAAGAAAAGGAAAAGGGAACAUAAAGUUGAAGAAUUUAGUAUUGAAGAUGAAGAAAGAAUAAAAGAUCACCAUGCUUUCCAAGUUCUUCAAUUGACAUUAAAAAUUUCUUCAAACUGUCCCAUAUUUUUAAAAUCAGAUAAAUAUGUUGAUUCUAUCCAGUUCAUUGCUGAACGAUCACAAGAAUAUCUAGCACAUCCUCAUUUGUGGGUUAGACUUGCAGCAGCACAACAAAUAGGAUUCAUUUUAGCAACGAUUAAUGAAGACAAAUUAAUUAAGCUCAUUCAAGCUACGGAGUUAAAAGCGAAUUCGUCAGAAGAUAACAAUAUAGGAGAAGAUGAAGAAAAAGUUAAAGGAUAUAUUUAUUCAAGUCCUUUAAAGACUUUAAAAAGUCUAAGUUUGGAUUUAAUCGCUCAAUUACAACCAGGAAUAGAAGUGGAAGAGUUUUUUGACCAAGUUGUGAAGAAUCUUGUUUUUAUAUCAAGAGUGAUUAAAACAUUAUCUUGGAAUAAAACCAGUUUAAAUGAAAAUAAAAAUGAAUUCCAUUCUGGAAUUUCAAAUUUUUGGAUGAUGAAGUGGCUACGUAAAUGUAUAAAUAUUGAAAUAGUGCAGAACUCUAAAUCAAUCAAUGUGAGAACAGCAGUAUUUAAAUGGAUUGCUGGAGUUGUCGCAACGAUUCCUGUUAAGCCAUUUUUAGAGCCUAUUCUUUUUCAAAUGAUAUCACCGCUUGUCAGAGAAAUGAUGAUUGCAGUGGAACCUAAUCCAUCACUAAAACAGUUAGCCAAAGACGUUGCUAAAAUGAUCAAGAAAAAAAUUGGGGAUGAAGAAUACGUGAGAUUAUUGAUGAAGGUUCAAGAAAAAAUUGAUACUAAGAAAGCUGAAAGAAGAAAGACUCAAACACAAAGGGUAAUUACAGAUCCAGAGUUUGCAGCCAAGAAGAAAAUAAUUAGACAGCAACGAAAAAGAGAAGCAAAGAAAAGGAAAAAUUCCCAAAUACGUGGAAAAAAGUUUGGCGUGAAAAAGCGAAAAACUGAAGGAGAUUUUGAUCUUAUAUAAGUCUGCGAAUGUUGUUAAUUUAUGUACAUAUUAUUGUAGUUGAUUUGUAAAAAAAAUUAAUUCCAAUAAAAAAGAGUUUAUAUAAA